GCGGGCCGAUCACUGUGGCGGUGGAUCUGCGCUCGAUGGAUGCGUUUGCUGACGCGCUGAACGUGACGGUGCGCCACUGCGUGCUUGAGGGCGGUGCGCAGCUGCGGAUUGGCGGCCUCAGCGAGAGCACGGCGCGCCCGAUGCCGCACGCCCUCGUCAACAUGACGAAUGUGACGUCGCUGGAGGGCACGAUCGUGCUGCAUGGCGCGAUGCCGCUGCACUCGAGUGUGCUGCUGGCGAACUCAACGCUGCGUGCGACGGUUGGCGGGUCGCAGUACGUGCAGACUACCCGUGGCCACGAGGGAUCCCGGCACGGCCCCGCACUAGUUCUGGACGGCGUCCGGCUUCUGUCGACGCGGUUUGUCAUGACGCGGUCUACACUGGUGUGCGGCGGGGAAUCGUGCGCUGCGAUCCUCGUGGAGCGCGGCCUUGGCGCGAACAUGUCCAGCGUCUUCUACAUGGACAACUGCGCUGUCCUGUCGCGGACGCACGUGAUGUACGCCCUUGCGUCGGACCUGCGUGUCAGCGGCGGCUCCGUGUUCUCCAUACAGAACAGCUCGUGGAGUGCGCCGAGCAUUGGCUUCUACGAAGGUGCUUUUGUUUUCAAGGACGUUGUGGUGGAUGGCGGCAGCGUGCUGCAGAUUGUGUUCAGCACUUUCCGUCUCGGCUUCGCCAUGCUCAUUGCAAACACGCUGACCGUGACUGGCGGUAGCUGGCUGGUGCACCGCGACAACGAGUUCCGCACCGCCUACGUUGUGUACGUGGAAAACGAGAAUGGCGUGGCGUUCCGCGAUCGGAGUGUGUGGUCGAUACUACACAACUACUUUACGUACGGCUCGUACUCGUCAACCAUCGUACGCAUGACAAACGGUUGGUCAUCACCAUUCCACUCUCGUCCGACCAUCUACGGCGUGUGCAAUGAGGCAAUAGGCACUCCUGUGACGGAUUACGGAGAAGACCUCAAUAUUGGGACGCCCGUGACGGUACUGGACUGUGGCGUUUGCACCAUGGACGCCGUGUGCUUUCCAGCGAGGACGAGCGGCAUCAGUGGCUGUGAGUGUGUGUGCGCUGCUGGCGGCUACGGUGACACUUGUCUGCCAGCUGCGGUUCCGGACGGCCUUGGGCCGCUCCCGUUCCCCGAUGCGGACGACACGGAGGUUCGCUGCGUGCACGGUGGCAGCAUCAGCUCCGUGGACUAUCCUGAUCCCGGUGUGCGUGGUCUGUGCUUCGUCAACGUGACCUUCACUGCCGCGAUCGUUCUGGACCUGUCGCGUUUUGCUGCACCACAACAAACACUCAACAUCACGCUACUGCAGUGCGUCCUCAUGGGCCUGUCGGUCAGGGGGAGUGAUGCGCGCGUGCACGUGAGCGUGGUCUCCUCGAUGAUGGAUUCUGGUGAGUUAGAGUUCAGGGGUGAUUUUGGCGCGAGCUCCCAGAUACUGGUGGUGGGCAGUACGCUUGUGAUGGCCACGCGCCACGCCACUCAAUUCCGGAGGUUUUCCCUUGGUGCGAACUCGUCACUGCUGUUACUUGACAACCUCAUUGAGGGGAAAGGUUACGCAGUCUAUUUACCCUUUGUUUGUCUUGAUGGUGGCGGGAUCAUUAUAAAGGGAAACAAGCUGAGAGGAGCGGAGGAGGAAUUUCCGUUGGAAUCUGCUGUUUUGUUUGAAUCUGCCGUUUUGAAGAAUGGCGGCUACUUUGACUUCGAGAACAACACGAUGAGCGCAGCCAGUGGCAUUUAUUUUUAUGGGGAUACCACCGUGAGCUCUGCGGGACUGCUGCGAGUGGUGGACUGCAAGUUUGUUGGCAGCGCGGAGGGUUUUGAACCCGCCCUGGUGCAUUUGGACGUCACUGUGAUCCUCCAGGGUGGUGCGCAGUGGCGUGUGGAGGGCAACAACGUGAGUGCAGCCUCAGUAAUAGGUAUGCCUAAUUCCUUGUACAAAAUUAAGCUGUCGGGCAGUGGCACCACCGUGGUGCUUGCAAACAACCGUCAGGUGGACGAUAGUUAUCCCUUUGCUGAUAUGGCUCCGUGGAGCACGGUUGUGAGGCCAUCCGCGCGUUUUGUGGUUGGGUGUAACCUGCAGGAUGAUGAGGAGGUGUCGUACGACGGCGCGUUUCCGGUGGAAGUGGUGGUGUUCAGGUGUGGCACAUGCAACGAUGACGCGGCGUGCUACAUGCCCGGGACGGAGUCGGUGGACCGCGGCUCGUGCUCGUGCAGCUGCAAGGACGGAUGGCAUGGCGCGUCGUGUCUUCCUUUCGAGGUGCCCGACACUGUUGUGCCGCCCUUGCCGGAGAGAGCCGUUGACGGCGACACGAGCUGCGUGGCGAACCAGACGCUGACGGACCUCACGCUGAACAUGUGGAAGACGCACCACUGCUACGUGGGUGUGGCAUUCAGCGGCGUGGGUGCUGUGCUGACAUUUUCCUUCGACAGUAUGCCGCUGCAGCUCCCCAUCAACAUCACGUUCACUGAAUGCACAUUUCGUGAGGGUGCCGUGCUGCAGUUUGUUGGGGGCACUGAGGCGGCCGAGUCAUCCGGCGUCCUUAUCCGCGUGAGCCAGACGGUGAUGCGGUCCUCCGUUGUUGUGUUUGCGCUUGCCCUCCCGCAACACUGCGAUAUCGCCGUCACGGAGGUUGCCGCGGAGCAGACCUUUGAGGUCCAGCUGCCGGACAUUAUGAGCAGCAUGCUGAGCGUUGUGAUGCUGCAGAAAGUCGUCCUGGGUGCGUCCUCGCUGUUGGUCAGCAACGUCAAGGCGCAUGCAUCGAGGUAUGGUGGGUUUGGUUUGUACUCGACUGGGACGCUGACACUGGUGGGUGGCAGCUCGCUGUAUGCGCGUUACUGCAGCUUUGAUGGAUACACGCACAUGUUGCACAUGUACAGGCUCAGUGUGAGUGACCGCUCCGUUUUUGCGCUGCUCAACAAUACAAUGUCCUCUGCGACAAGCCUCCUGUACCAGCACCACAGAUUCAGCGUGUCGGAACAUAGCGUGUUGCGCGUGGUGGGGAACAGCGGUAUCGUGGCCUGCGCCAUCUACGCAGAAGAAUUGUGGACCGUCCAGCGGUCAAGCUGGCUGGAUUGGCGCGACAACGACGUGGGAGUGGGUGCGAUGUUUCACGACACUGGGUCCGCUUUUGUGAGCAUCGACAGCAGCAGUGUGGUGACGCUGACGGGCUGCAGGAUGGGCUCGACGGGGUUGUCGAGGCCUCUGCUAUCGCAGGCUGACGCCGGCUACCGGUUCUUUGCUGGGUGUCUGACGGUUCUUGGACGAGUUUUGACGACGACGGGAGAACUGGAGCUGAGCGGCAUCACCAACGUGACGACGGUUGCUGCGUGUAGGGAUUGCACGAAGGACGGCGACUGCUUUGCUCCGCUGACGACAGCGGUCAUUGACUGCAGGUGCCGGUGCGCUGCUGGAGGGCACGGCGAUGUGUGUGUCCCGGCGCCUGUGCCUGCUGGCCCGCCGCCACCGCCACCACCGCCGUCGCCACUGCUACCGCCACCGCCGCCGAUUGGUGAGUGCAUCAGCGACAUGGUGUACCCCGAGUUUGCGCAGUCUGUGGGCAGCGGGCUGUCGUGGCUGUGUUACCGCAACGUGACGUUCAGCGGGGGCGGUAUGAGCCUGACGGUGCUGAUUGGUGCGAUGACGGGCGACGUGGCGAACGUCACGUUCGAUGGAUGCACGUGGAGGGACGGUGCCGUGCUGUUGCUGUUGGGCAACGCGUACGCCGCUUUGGGGUCGCUGAACAUCGUCGUCACCGGCAACACAUUCAGUGACGCGCUGCUCAGCCCGGAGGGUGGGUUUCCACCGCGCACGAACAUCACGAUCAGCGGGAACCGCUUCACGGUCACGAGAAUGAUCCCUAGGCUGGGUUUGGGCCUUAGGAAGCCGUCGUGUGUUGCGAUGAAUGAGCUGGCGAUCAGCAACUACUCUGCGGUGGUGCUCAGUGGCAAUGCGUUUCAGACCAUUACGACAUCGUCAAGCGCCAUUCAAGUUGUCAAGUAUGCGCUGAGGGUGACGUGGCACUCUGUUUUUGCGGUGUUGGGCAACACGUUUCAUAUGGCUGGUGGCGAGGGCACACCGAUACAUCUUGAAGGUUAUGCCGAAUCCUUGUCACUGUUUGUACUGAACAGCUCUGCUGUGGUGGUCCGAGGCAAUCUUGUGUCGAGCCUGGUGCAGUACGUCAUCAUAUUUGUUUGGGUUUUUUGUGUGGAGUCUCGGUCAGCGGUUGUUUUUCGGGACAACGACAUGCAAGGAAGCUCGGCGGUUUUUUUUUCAAGCCAUUCUUCCCAUAUUUACUACAACUCCUGGCUGCAGUUGAGCGGCAACCUCUGCCGCGUGUCCCCGGUAGGUGCUUUUGCUGUUUUGAAUCCCACAGUGAAUCUCCGCGACUCCAUGGUGUCCGUGUCCGGCAACCAGUUCAUGUCCAGCAAGGGCACGCACAC